CAUCUCCCAGGGCUGUUCAUCUCUACCUUCUCUCGCAUCCUUCUACACUCAUGGCCGACGGUGCAUCGGGUGCUGCUGAGCGGUCUGUUCAGGUCAAGUUAGUUCUGCUGGGCGAGGCGGCUGUCGGAAAGUCGUCUGUCGUCCUGCGAUUCGUUUCAAACGAGUUCCAAGCCAACAAGGAGCCCACAAUCGGCGCUGCAUUCCUGACGCAGAAAUGUCGUCUGGAAGACCGUGUCCUCCGAUAUGAGAUCUGGGAUACAGCUGGGCAGGAACGCUUCCAUUCGCUCGCACCCAUGUACUACCGCAACGCCCAAGCUGCUGUUGUUGUUUAUGAUGUUACGAAAGCGUCCAGUCUUGAGAAGGCAAAGACAUGGGUGAAGGAGCUUCAGAGACAAGCGAACCCUAACAUUGUCAUUGCACUCGCCGGGAACAAGGUCGAUCUCGUCCAGCCAUCGUCGUCAUCAUCCGGCGCUGCCACGCCUGAGACGGAGGAUGAAGCUGAUGACGCAACCGCUACACCCGGAGAGAACGCUGGAGCGGCUGGUAGUGAGCCGGAAACCCUAAGACAGGUGCCUCGGGAGGAGGCAGAGGCGUACGCACAGGAGGCCGGUCUCCUCUUCUUCGAGACUAGUGCCAAGACGGGCGACGGUAUCGUCGAGAUGUUCACCGAGAUUGCCAAGAAGAUCCCCAUCGAUCAAAUACUGGCUUCGUCUCGUGGUACUGGCCGUCCGGGCGCUGCUGGAGGCCGUACAGGUGCUGGGCAGGAGGGUGUUAACCUCGAUGAGAACGCCGGCAAGGGCAAGGAAGCGUGCAACUGCUGAUCGCCUAUUGCUCGAGUGUAUGGUGUGCGCAUACAACAUCCAGCUCUCACGAUCUCCUAUGGUUACAGUACUAUUAUCGUCUGCCUUUUGUUGUGUCCUGUCUGAUCUAUAUGGUUUUCUCGCACCGUAGUACAUGUAUUUGCUUUUAUUUUACACUGGACAUCAGAUUGCAGGAGUUACUAC